AGGGGGUUACUCUUUGUUUCCUUCUUUAUAUAAGUUCUUUGGUGCAAACAAAAAGUAAGAAUCUUUUCGUACACGACGAUGAGGAUCCGGAAACGACAAGUGCCUCUCCCUCUUUCGUCUCUCUUACCUGUUCCUCUCUCAGAUCUCUACUCUAACCGGUCUCCGACGUCCGCCGCUCGAUACUUUCACGGCCAGGACAUAGACGGAGGCAGUUCUGCUUCUCUUCUUCAUCUUCCGCUGAUUCAAAGAGAUGUGACGAGCAAGAAGGAGGAGAAAGCUUUGGAUAAUGGUGAUGGAGAUGAUGUAGACGUGAAGAGCUGUACAGUUGCAUCGGGCAGCAAUAAUGUUAAUUCCCAAGGAGAAUCCGACUUUUCAACACAAGCUGUGGAGAAGAAUGAAAACGUUAUUACUUUGAGGAAGAGAAGAGGCUAUACAAGCUUCGAGGAACAAGAAGAGGAUGAGGAUGAGGAUGAGGAAGAAGAAGAAGCUAAUAAAGGGAAGAAGAAAAGGAAAGCGAAGAAAAAGAGCAGUGAUGUAUUAGAGGAAGGAUCACGGUGCAGCCGCGUUAACGGUAGAGGAUGGAGAUGUUGUCAGCAAACUCUUUACGGCUAUUCUCUUUGUGAGCAUCAUCUUGGUAAAGGAAGGGUAAGGAGCACGAGCAAGAGUUCCGGCGGUCGUGGCGGCUGCCAGAAAAAGUCGGUGGUGGCCGUGGAAGUGAAGAAGAAGAAGAGAGUGAAGCUUGGAACGGUAAAGGCGCGUUCCAUAAAUAGUUUGCUUGGACAAACCAGCACAAGUAGUGGAGUGAGUGAGAUAAGCGCACCUGCUGAUCAGUUUGCUGCUAAUGAUAAGUGAGUCAUAUGUAUAUGUUUAGGUACAUAUGAUGAUAAUGGACAUAGCUCUAUGUAUCGGAUGUGUAGAUUGAUCGAGACCUUAAUGGCGCUUCUUCUUGAUCAUCCUAUGUAUAUAUUUUUGGUGGAUAUUUCAGUUUCAACGAUACA